AUGAAGACUUUUACGCUGAGCAAUGGACAUAAAAUCCCAGCAGUUGGUCUGGGAACUUGGCGCUCAGGUCCAAACAAGGUUGCUGAAGCCGUGGAGUUCGCACUCCGCAAUGGCUAUCAUCACAUUGAUGCUGCACUUCGUUACGGUAACGAAGCAGAGGUAGGUCGUGGUAUCAAGGCCAGCGGCGUGCCCCGCGACCAGAUCUUCGUAACAACCAAGUUAUGGAAUACAUAUCACAAUCGUGUCGUGCAAGGUGUCAGGGAGAGUCUCGAGAAUUUGGGACUUGAAUAUCUCGAUCUCUACCUUAUACACUGGCCGGUCUCUCUUCCAGAGGAUGCAUCUAACACAGCCGCCGACAUUCCAUUGGCUGAUUGGGAUUACGUCCAGACUUGGGCCGACAUGCAGCAACUCGUUCAUAGCGGUCUCGUCCGGGCAAUUGGCGUAUCGAAUUUCACAACCGCCCACUUGGACCGUCUUCUUGAUGCGCCAUCUACCACCAUCGUCCCGGCCGUCAAUCAGGUAGAACUACAUCCAAUGAACCCGCAGUCAUCGCUUUUCGAAUAUUGUGACAAGCGAGGCAUCCACUUAACUGCUUACUCUCCGCUCGGCUCGGUAGACUCGCCCCUCUAUAGCCUUCAUCCAUUGCAGGAGGUAGCCGCAGGACUCCAGAAGACCGUUGCACAGGUUCUCCUUGCAUGGGGCAUCCGGAAGGGAUGGUCCGUGAUUCCCAAAACCGUGACGAGCUCAAGAAUUUUGGAGAAUCUUGGUGGCGAUUUCGAGCUCUUGGACAACGACUUCGCAGUUGUAGAACGCAUCACGGACAGGAAAAGGCUCAUCGACGGACAGGACUUCCUUCCGGUCUGUGUAUUCGACGACUAA